AUGGGACUCCUGUACGCUGCCUCCUGCAUCCCCCAUCUCCGCGCAUCUUGCAUCGCAUCGCAUCUCUCAACGUUCCGCGUCGCGUGGCAUCGCUCCUGCUGCAGGGCAAGACGGAUACUGAUGUGUGUUUUCUGAACAGAGCCGUGGGCACGCCUCUCGACUGGCCCGAGGCCAAGAAAGUCGCCGGACAUGUGCGUGAGUGGGGCAUUGAGGUACGGAAAGCCAACAUCCAUGAUCUCUCGUGUUCGAGAAGGUCGCGUGGGAGAAGACAACCGCUGAUGUUUCCGGCUUGCAUAGCAACUGUUGGCCAUCUGGAAUCGCGCCAAGGACAAGGAGCGGGAUGCCAUGCUGUGGGGAGAUGAGGUAUGGUAAGCGCCAGUCUACCUUCUGUCGUGGACAGACCACUGACGAAUAUGCGACAAGAUUGAAUACCUCGUUGUUGCCUUUGACGAUGAGAAGCGCGAGGUGAAGCUGUCCUUGCGGCAAGCGGAUAUUCUGGAAGCCUUGGCUAGCGACCCGGAGCUCAUACGACAGGGCGGCGGCGUUCCUGACCUUGUCAAAGGCGAUGCGAAGAAGUAAGGCAUAAAGUGACGCGGAGGGGGUUGAUGUCUGACUGUAUUUCAGGAUGUCGCGGCCAGCGCCAACCUUUCAUCCAGAAUUUGGUCGCUUCAUGCUCGAGGCCACUCCAGGCAAACCAUGGGGCAUUGGAUUCAAGGACCUUCUGGACGUUGAACCGGACAUGAAGUGGAGGUGCGGACCAAGUAUCACUAAUGCUGGACAUGGCUAACCGAAUGAAGGCGUAAGAUUGCCAAGGAGCAUAUUUACGAUCACGAGUAUCCCAUCACUCUCACGACAUUCCCGCUCCUCGGAGACCGCAAAUCAAUAACACCCUUAUUCCCUCCUUCUGGUCCCAAAUUGAGGUCACAAUUCGUCCCUGACGAGAUUGCCAACCCGCACAUCCGCUUUCCGACUUUGGCUGCCAAUAUAAGAUGGCGGCGAGGUCGCAAGGUGGAGCUGAACGUACCCGUGUUCCACGACGAGAAGACACCUAAGCCGUUCAAGGACCCCACAGUGGACUAUGACCUGCAAAACUGGCCUGAGGACAAUGACGUCCGCAAUGGCGCAGCAAAGGACGACUGCAUCUACAUGGACGCCAUGGCCUUUGGCAUGGGGUCAUGUUGCUUGCAAAUCACCUUCCAGGCUACAAAUAUAGCAGAAGGCCGGAAGAUGUAUGACCAGCUAUCACCUCUGGGCCCCAUUCUGCUGGCUUUGACAGCCGCUACACCGAUCUACAAAGGUUUUCUAGCAGAUACAGAUGUGCGGUGGAACCAGAUUAGUGGAGCUGUCGAUGACCGAACGCCUGAGGAGCUUGGGGAGAAGCCCCUGAAGAAUGAUCGAUGGCGGAUACCAAAGUCGCGAUACGCGAGCAACAGCACAUACAUAUCCGAAGAUCCUCGAUUGCGCUCGGAGUAUCUCGAUCCGGAACUGGUAGUGGACGAGGAGCUCAAAGCACGCCUGGUAGAAGGUGGCAUGGACGACCGGCUGGCCACACAUUUCGCACAUUUAUUCAUUCGCGAUCCCAUCGUUGUCUUUGCUGAAGACAUCAAGGAGCUGGACUUGAACAAGACGGAUCACUUCGAAAAUCUCCAGAGCACCAAUUGGCAGCACAUGCGUUUCAAACCUCCUCCGCCAGGUAACGACAUUGGAUGGCGAGUUGAAGUUCGGCCCAUGGAGAUCCAGAUCACCGAUUUCGAGAAUGCUGCUUUUUCAGUGUUCGUCGUUCUGAUCACUCGAGCAAUUCUGAGCUUCGACCUCAACUUCUACCUCCCUAUACCUCGGACUACGGAGAACAUGGAAACCGCUCACAGGCGAGACGCCGUCUUGAACAAUCAAUUCUACUUUCGCAAGGACCCCUUCCCGAAACGUGCAGCCCAGAUGAACGGCACAUCUACACCGAGUUCCGCGAUCAAUACGCCGCAGCCUAGCAGGCCACAAACGCCCGGUCCCGUGGAGGAAGAAUACGAGCUCAUGACCGUCGACGAGAUCAUCAAUGGCAAAGCGGAAGGCGGCUUUCCCGGGUUGAUUCCGCUCGUAGAAUCCUACCUCGAUAGCGUCAAUGUCGACGUUGAAACGAGGUGUGAGCUGGCACAAUAUCUUGCGCUUAUCCGAGGGAGAGCGAAUGGGUCGCUCUGGACUGCAGCGAAGUGGAUCAGGCAUUUUGUCAUGGACCAUGAGGCGUAUCAGAAGGACAGCGUGGUUACUGACCGGAUGGCUUACGACUUGGUCAAGGCGGCGGAGCGAAUCACAGUUCAUGAAGGUAAAGAUGGAUUCGCGCAGGAGAUGUUGGGACAAUGUCAGCGGCAGGAUUGA